GGUCUAAAUGGGAUAGCGCACUGUUCAAGAUUGAGCUGUCCUUUGAAUGAUAGUCGGCUUCUUGAUUGGAAGCCAGUGUAGUUGUUUUCAUGUUGCUUUCGGUAAACAGAAAAAUUUGUCACAACCAAAGCCUUCUUUAUUUGUGGCUUCUGUCAGUGUUAAUUGUGGAACAACCAAUUUAGGUAGUCGGCGUGGCAAGGUUUGCAAGACAAAGUGUUCCCCUAUAGCGAAAAGGUUCUCUAGUGGACCUUACGAGAUGCCUCUUUAUAAUCUAGUAUUGGUUAAUUUGAAGUGGUCCUUUAUUGUGAAUUCUGCAAUAUUUUGGGCUUUGUUGUUUUCCAAUCAACGCAUCUUGACACGUAGCGGUCUUCUUCACGCAUAUAUUCUGGGACUAGUGCUUUGGUGUUGCUUGGGUUAUAGCGGUUGGUCAACCUGUGUUUUGUUUCUUAUUCUGGGGUCUCUCUGUACAAGAAUAGGUCGCCAUAUCAAGGAAGAAAGAGGAAUUGCUGAAAAACGAGGUGGAGCUAGAGGCCCAGAGAAUGUUUGGGGUGCGGCAGGUUCAGGUGCCUUUUGUGCUCUGUUGUAUGGUAUUUUGUCUCCUUAUGGAAUAUCCAACGUAUCUUUGUUGUCACUAGCCUUUGUAGCUUCACUUAGCAGUAAAUUGGCGGACACAGUCUCCAGUGAAAUAGGAAAAGCUUAUGGUAAACGCACAUUUUUGGUUACCAACUGGAAACCAGUGGCGGCAGGAACAGACGGGGCAGUUAGUCUGGAAGGUACUCUUGCGGGUAUUCUUGGAGCACUGUUGUUAUCCUGUUGGGCCUGGAUAGUCGGUUGCAUAAGUUUUCACGGAAUGCUCAUCACCAGUGUUGCUUCUCUUAUCGCUAAUUAUGUAGAGAGUUUUAUCGGUGCCAAGUUCCAAGCAAAGUGGAAGAUUUCGAAUGAAUGCGUGAAUGCUAUAAUGACAACCACAAGUGCUUUGUUGGCAAUUGGUUUGGGACUUGGUCUGGGUGUGCAUCAAUGAUGUUCUCUCCAACUUUUGUUUCUCCAUAAUAGAUAUCUCUAUAGAUACAGAUUGAAU